AUGACGUCCUGUUCAAAGUGUGACAAAGAGAUAAUAGCGAAAGAAGAAAUAUCGUGCUCGCAAUGUAAAAACAAGUACCACUAUAUUUGCGAAGGCCUAAAUGAGCUGACCUUCAAAAAUCAAAAUAAAAAUAACAAAAGUAAAUGGGUAUGUUCAGACUGCAAAUAUAACUGGAAUAAAUCAUCACAAACUACAAAUAAUAAAACCACAGAAACCUCAAUUCAAAAUCUUGCUAACUCCAUGAAAUUUGCUAAUCAAAAAAUUGAUGAUUUGAACGAAACAAUUAAUAAAAUACUUGAAGAAAUGAAUGAAAUUCGUACUGAAAAUGUAAAACUUAAUGACAUCAAUAAUAAACUUAACCAAGAAAUUUCAGAUCUCAAACAACAGAUGGAUAAUAUUGAACAAAAAAACCUUGAUUCUUCAAUAGAAAUAAUUGGUAUACCAUCAGUAGCUAAUGAGACAUGUAUUGACAUUGUCAUGAACAUUGCAAAAAUACUAAAUACAGCCGUCAUUGUUGAAGAAGCAUAUAGAAUACCUAUUACAAUUAAGGGAGAAAAUAAAAUUAUCGCCCGUCUUUCACAGGAAAGUAUGAAAACAGCCAUCAUAUCCAACUACAAACGAAAUAAAACAUUAAAUCUAUUCAAUUUAAACCCAGGAUGGCCUAAAGAUAAACGUUUUUGUAUUAUCAAUCAUCUCACCAAGUAUAGAAGACUACUAUAUUGUAAAACCAAGGCAACAAUCAGAGAGAAGGGUUACAAAUACAUAUGGUUGAGCGAGAAAUCAGAUAUCCUAAUUCGAAAAGAUGAAAAUUCAAAGGUACAAAAAAUCUACACAGAAAUUGAUAUCCUUUCACUUUAA